AUGACAGGCGUAACACAGCAGCCUGUUGUCGGAGGACCCAUCCCUGAUACACUCCCUGCCAACGCGCAGAUGCCCCAGCAAUGGGAAGGCGCUCAAGCGCAGACUGGCAUAUCACGCAGAGAUGCAAUGAUGCAGCCUACAUCAGCCAGUCAAUGGGCAGUAAAUCAGCCUCAAUGGCGCGGAGGCCAUCCGUAUAUGAUGAAUCCCGCACUUAACCAGCGCGAAGUACCUCCGCAUAUGAAUAUGCAACACCCAUCCCCCCAGCGCAUUAAUGAGAUGGCUCCUGGGUCGCGAGUUGGUGUCUUGCAUCCUGCCAAUUGGACAGCAGCAACGAUGGAUGGUGCUAGUUCUGCCCCGGUCGGUUAUGUGGCCGAGAAUGGGCAGUUCUACCGUCUUGGGUCAAGUCCGGGCCAUAUACGACCUAAGGAAGAACCACUAUCGCAGGGAAUGCAACAGGCACUACCGCUUCCUACUCAGCCUCAAUCUAUGGGUUAUUCUCAAGGCGUGAUGCAUGACAACCGGUACAUGCAUGCAGAUCCUAACUACGCACAAUGGCAACGUAUCUAUGCCGAAAUGCAGAAUCAACAACCCCAGGGAGUGGAUAAUCGACGAAUGGCCCAAGGAGGCGGCAUGCCGGGUGGAACGCCCGGUGGAGACCCCGAUGACGAUCCUCUUCGUGGAGGAAAUAAUCCCCAUGGGAAUCAUCCGCGUGGCCACCCUUCCUUUCCCGCUGGAGGCGGAGGUGGUGGUGGUGGUGGAGGACCCGGGGGUGGAGGCGGGGGUGGAGGCGGAAAUCCUCAUGGCAAUGGAGGCAACGGUGGACGCGAUAAUGGUCGAGAGCCAGUAGACCGUCGACGAGUCCGAAUGGCUGACGGCGGCGACCCCGGAGGCGGGGAAUCCCCCGACCCUAACGGCGAUGGUAGCUUCCGUGGCCCACAAGACAAUCGCCCAGGGCGCCAGCGUCAGCAGACCCCCUACAAUGACUAUGAGGAUAAAAUGAUGAUACGGUUACGCCGCAUAAUCGCGGAUAGACGCCGCAGAGCUCUCCCUGCUAACCCCAGCCUCAAGAAUUUGAAGCGACCAGCUCCCCGCACUUACAGUGGUAAAGCGGACAUAGUUGAAUUUGAGGAAUGGUUACACUGUGUACUCGACGAGUACGAUGUCAUCGGUCUCGGCAUGGCAUCGGAGAACGGUCAGCAAGUCGCACGACUAUCAUUAUUUUUGACUGGCGACGCCAAUCAAUGGUAUCGCAAGGUCGUUAUGGACGUUGACCGUGAAGUGGCUAACUGGGAAUUUCCCGAUUUAAUUGUCGAGAUGUUCCGACGGUUCAUGUAUACUUCUACACCCCGAGAAGCCAAUGAUCGCUAUGACGCGAUCAAAUAUUCGAGUCGCGGUGUUAAGAAGAUGAAAGACGAGAUGGAGUACUGGGCUCAACGCCGAGUACAACCACCCAGCGACUACGACUUCCGUCGUUCUGUGUUCAACAGGCUUCCUGAACGCUUGAAGUAUGAAGUCAGUGUCACUAAAGGUGUUACCCCGGAGACGGACACGCUCGACUCCAUGAUUGAGAAAAUCGAGGAAGUCGAGCGCGGAUACACCUAUCAUGGUCUUUCACUGGUAGUGAAGCCCGACAGUAAGGGUCGGGUGCCUCAUGGCCAAAUCCCUCGGCGUCACCCUCAACGUAGUACCCAGCCUCAGCCAGACCGGAACGCACCUCGUAAGGACAUACCGUCCAACCAGCACUCAGCUCAGCCAGUGCAGGACAAUGCGCGCUCUGCACCGGCUCGCAACCCGGGCAAUAAUCGCCCGUAUUUCAAUCGAGGACAAAGUCGGCCUCCACAGCGCCCCGCGCCACCGCGUCGCUCCAUGGGCCCCCGCCCGCUUCCUCCAGCUCGAGUACAAGGUGCCCCAAGUGAUAAUAAGUGUUUCAACUGUGGGUCACCUGGUCAUUACGCGAAUAACUGCCCACGGAAAGGCGAGAAAAUGCGUGCCAUGGAAGACAACCCACUGGAGGAUGAGCUGGAAGCUCACACUGUGCAUGAACUGGAUAAUGAUGAUCCUGCCGACGAGCUUCAGGCCAUCGGCGAGGAGACCAACCAGGACAACUAUGACCCUGAUUCUUACGAAGGGUCCCAGUAUGAAUCUCCCGAGGAUGAGGAUGAUCAUUUCGGGCAUAUGCGUGACGGGUUCAGCGACGACGAACCUGAUCAUGCCGCUGGUGUUGUAUCCGAUGAUGAUGAUGACUACCCCGUAACUCAAGCCCGGUUCUACGCAAUGACCGAAUUUGAGGAAACUCUGUCACCUGAUGAGUUCUUAACUGGCGAAGUUCGGGACAACCGCAAUUUUCUAACGGGAAGUAUGGAGAGCGACUCGGACUAUUACUCGGCAUCAUCCCGCUCGGAUACUGGUUUUCCUGCACCAUUCCAGGAUGGUGACACACGAAGUGUUGACUCAGAUGGCCCUGCUCAGACUGUUUGGGGCCAAGAGCGCCAUGUUCCUUCGGGAACUGCUUCAUCGUCGCACACGCAGGAGCAAUUGACGUUGAACGCGAUGAGCACUUGGCACGUAUUGCCCAAUUGGAGCAAGAUAAUCAACAGCUACGCCAGGAACUCGACCGUGUUCGACCUAAGGCUGCACUAG